UUGAAAGAGACGUGGCAUUUCUUCUCUUCUCUUGUACACAUAUAUACACAUACAUAUACCCAUUUGAUUUGAUUUGAUUUGAUUUAUAUGUGUGUGUGUGUUACUUUGGGAUGGAUUGAAUGAUGAAUUAAAUAAAAUUUGAAUCGAACUUGAAGAGAAAAAAAAAAAAAAGAGUAAAGAAAGAAAGAAUCAAUGGCAUCAAUGAGGAGGAGUAAUGGUUUGUUUCCAACAAGGUGGGAAGAAGAAGAAGUACAUGUAUUGGCUGUGGAUGAUAGUGUAGUGGAUCGUAAAGUGAUUGAACGUUUGCUUAAAAUCACCUCUUGUAAAGUGACGACGGUGGAAAGCGGAUGGAGAGCAUUGCAAUACUUGGGCCUGAUUGAUCAAGACAAAACAAACGCUUCUCUUCCUCCUCCUCGCCAUGAUGACUUCAGCGUCGUCAAUGGAUUGAAGGUGGAUCUGAUAAUCACGGAUUACUGCAUGCCUGGAAUGACUGGUUACGAAUUGCUCAAAAAAAUCAAGGGAUCGGCAACAUUCCGAGAGGUACCAGUUGUGAUCAUGUCAUCAGAAAACGUUGUCGCACGGAUCGACCGGUGUUUAGAAGAAGGUGCAGAGGAUUUCAUUGUAAAGCCCGUAAAACUCUCGGAUGUCAAACGAUUGAAAGAUUACAUGUUUGGUGGUGACAACAGGGGAACAAUCCCAGCUGCCACAACUAAUAACAACCAAGAAGAAAAGACGAUUACUACUAGUUGUUUCAACAAACGAAAACUACAAGAAAUGUCCUCCUCCUCCUCACCCUCCACGUCCCCAACCAUGUCUCCGUCGUCUACCUCCCAAUCACCGCCUCCGACAACCUCUUCAUCAACAUCAUCAUCAUCAACACCUCCGAUGUCCCCCGAUCCCUUUUCACCCUCUCAACUAGAAUCCCCAACAAUGCGACUUAAGGUCACCAACUCCGAUAAUCAAGUCUAAUACAAAACAUACCAUUUUCAUCAUCCACCAUAUCUUUUUAUUAGUAUUAAUUACUGCUUCAUAGAUAAACCUCAAGUACUUGUACAUUUAAAAACCAAAACACAAAAGUGGCUAUUUUUUUUUCUUCCUUCUUUCUUAUUCCUAUGGCUUUAACCUUUACGUUCAUGUGAAAUUCCAAAUAUUACUACAAUUUUGAUAUAUAUUUCUGAAUAGAUUCCUGUC